CUCUGCAACCUCCCACCAUCUGAGAGUGGAACAUCUAGGGGUAAAAGGCACGAGAUAGGAGCGUCGACUACAUCAAGUACCGCGAUACUGUGUCCGGUAUCCUUACCUUAAGCGGGACUCUAUCAAUCGAAACCCAUACCAUCUUCAGAGUCUCUCAGCCAAUAUGGCGGAACACCACAAACUGCGUUCCAUAUACCAAUGCCUCGUGGACAUAACCCGACAGCAAAACCUCCAACCACCGACGGUCUCCACUCCUUUGGCGCCGCCCUACGAAUACUCGCACUGGGACAGCGAACACGCCAAUCUCUUCCUGCCCUUCCUAAUCCGCAUGCGGCCCACAGUCAACGCCUGGGAAUGGGAGCAUCACCUCCUCUCCCCCUCUGAAUCACACUAUCUCCGGAUGCGCCCGUGCUACACGCACUUCGACAGCCGCAUACUAGCCCUCUCAAACGAUUGGAUGCGCAUCCUAACCCGCCUCUGCAGCAGCGAGCACCAACUCCCACGCCACCAAUUCGCAAACCGGGAGCCAUACGCAUUCACUAGCCUCCACACCCUAGUUCACAAACUACACGAUCUAAUUUCCGAGUACGACACCGGGGUACCUGAAGUACGGGGAUGGGAUACUUGGCAUCGAACCCUCCGCCCCUACGUCCCGCGAAGCGGCGUCGCAGAAGCGCGCUCUACUAUUGCGGUUUUAGUAUCCCUUGGUUUCGGGGCUUGGUUAGAGGACGUAGCGCGUAUGGAUUGGAGAAGCCCGCAGGCGGUGUUGAUUCAUAAUUUCGCGUUUGAUGUUAAGACGGGGAUAUUGGGGUGGGCUAAUGUGGAGGAGGGGAAUUUAUUACCGAGGCCUCGUAUAAGGCUUGAUUUGAUGUUUCCGGAUGAGGAGGAGAGUGAGGAGGAAAAAGUUGUGGUUGAGACGGUUAGUAAGGACAUGUCGCCGCAUGCAGAUAUCCUGGCUUGGCUUGAUGGCGUUGUUGAGCCCGAUGUGCCAUAUUCGCGACCCGUGCGGAAGAGAUGUCGCGCUUCGCUUAUCAAAGGCAUAUCAAACCCGCUACUCACGCAGUAUAAACGCCUCACUUAGAAAGCGCAGGGCUGCGAAUAUUGGUUUCGGGUGUAUUGGCAUUGUUGGGACGGCACUGUUGGAGGUCUAGCCCGCGGCGGGGCGCCAGCCAAGAGCGACGGAUACAGAGACCGACUGGCUUGGCUCCGGGAGAACAUCGCCUUACCCAGAAUACGACAGCAAAAACCGCCUCGUUAUGACUGGUCAAUUAAAACAUUCGACACUAUUGGUUUGAUUUCGGCGAAUCUUAUAAUGCGCUCUUAUAAGUAGCGACAUUCGGAUUUCUAAGGCGAUUGGAACCGAGAGGAUAUGGGGACAGCAGUAUGACAAGCCCCGCGGCGGUCUAUUGGGAGAUGUCAAUGGAUUAAGCAUGGGGUUUAUAUGAAUGGACACGUCCCGGGUUGCAUACUAUGAAGAACGAAUAGGAAAUGACAGUGGGAAGGAUCAGGGUGUGUUGCGCAGUUUUUUCAUAGGUUAUCGUUUGGUUUUCAGACAGAAGAUCUGCAAAGUCGUAUUAGCCGUUUGUUUUUCAAUAUAAAACUGCUUACAAUAGUGCACUGCAUA